AACAAAGCAUUGAACAAGCAUCAACGUCGACAAGAAGCCCAUCAGUGUUCUCCUUAGAUGACUGCUCAGAUCUCUCUUGUGUAACAGGAAGUGAGUGGAGUCCCAGACAAAGCCCUUCCCAGCCCAGUUUGGAUACGCCACUUUACGACUCCCCAGAAUCCAAGAGUCCUGAUCAACAUCCUCCCCUGAAACGGGUCAAGAAAGUGCAUUUCAACAUUGCUUGUAUAUUGAGAGAGACCACCAUGGGAAGAGCAGCAUUAAGGAACAUCAAUGCUACAAAUCUCUGCAGCAAAAGGGACCGGCAUACUGUUGUGGAUAUGUUGACUCAGUACCUGAUACGGGAGUAUGGUACCAAGCCAAGCUCAUUUGUGAAGGCAUCAAUGGCCCAUGCCCUUGUGACAAGCUUUCCUUUCUUAAAAGAUCCAGAAUCUCCACUUGGCUAUGAGGCCUGGUACUGCGUGGGGGCCAAGGGACGGCCAGCAACAGGCUACCUGGAGGAGCAUCUGAGGUAUGUCAGAAAAAAGGAGAAGUCCCUGAGGGUACCAGUAGCUGAAGACGAGGCAGAGUCUCAAAAGCAAGGAGAUACUGAUCUUGAGUCUGUGAACGAUGAUAACAUCACGACAAUGGAAGAAUGGCUGCGUAACAACAAGGAGCCAGAGGACAUGGUGAAGGACUACAUGAAACAAACAGCAACAAAAAGACAUGACUGGAUCAAGAGAAGUGACUGUUGUGUGAAGAACAUUCUUACCACAUAUCCCAGACUUCUCGAUGCUGGAAUGAUUGAAGGAGAUUUUGCAGAAUUGUUCCCAGAGAAAGCAAACGCACUGUACCAGAAGUGGCCCACAUUCUGUAACAAAGUAGUGGACUUCACCGAGAAAACUGGCAACUGGAGAAGUGCAAGAGCCGAAUUCGAAAACAUUCAUGACCCUGGGAAACUCAGUCUUGAGGAAAAGAGCAAUCUUGGAUUCUACAUGCUCCCAGUCUUGUUCCGAGGAAGGAAAGAUUCCAAGAGAGGAACGUACACCACUGCAGAAACAUUGUCGUCCUUCAUUGACGUUCAACCAGAGGUUCUCGACAUCCAGACUUAUGUUGAUAACAUUGAUGAAGCAGUCAGGUCACAGCCAUUUGUUGUUGUGCGUGGGAACAUUCUCACACCAAUACAGGCGUACGUCGUAGUAGAGAGGAGGAUACUUCCUGCCGCAACACUGCUUAAAGCAGUCGACUUGUGCUUUAAGGCACUUUAUGUGAUGGAUAUCGAAUAUCAGCCGCAAAGCUGUUCUGUUUGGAAAUUUCUCCAGAUUGUGGUGUUCCAGUUUACCGAUGGGGAGCAUCUUACACCAAAGCUGCGGGAGGUCCGAGCCUUCAUGAACAUGCCAUAAGCCAUCAUGAUGUGUUCACGCCAAGGAUGAUUACUGGUGAUAUAUUUCCUACAGAUGAAACUGACACAUCAUCGUUUAGCACAUUUUGGCUACUUGAACCAGUUUAUUUUGGGAGAAAAAAAACUGGAAAAAAGUAUUAUUUUGGACAAAAUAACCUUAAAGACAAACUGUUAUGAGUUGGAUUCAGCACAUUAUUUUACAUAAUUUAGACAUGUUUGUGUAAGACUGAAGAUUUGAGGGUGGGGUGAGGAUCGCUGAAUAAUAUAAAAAAAAGAGUGAAUUUAUACACAGCAGAAGUCUUUGUGUACAUUUUAAAAAUGAUAAAGGCCUAAUUGUUUUAUCCCAAUCAUUGCUUAACAUCCCCACCUUGAAAGUUUAAGAAAACAAAUGAAUAUAUGCCAAGUAUAAAUACAAAACAUAUUAUUGGCUAUAAAUCUUUUGCACUGGCGUAUACAAAUGCUUAUCGUGUUUGGUCUUAAUCCCAAGAGUACUGUUUCAUAACUCGUACAUCAAAAUGAUAUAUUUCUUCAUAAAACAUGAGCUAUGAUAUUUUCUGCGUUUAAAACAGCAAGUGGGGUAUAUGAUUGUAAAUUACAUAUACCAUUAAUUUUCAUGUAAUGUGUAUCGUCCAUUGACCCUACGCUGAACUCUCUGCUGAAUGGACUGCAUGCAUUAAUUUACAUCGCGCAAAGCAGAAGUAGAGAAGUCAACAUUUUCAUCUACAUUUUGCAAAAUUGUAUUGAUAUUAUUGAUAAUAUCAAUAAAAUCAAUCAAACUGAGUAUAGCAGGUAGGGUCAAUUGAUUUUUGUUGUCUUUAAUCUAAUCAAAAAGUUAUAGUAGGCAGUGUGUAUCCUUGUUAUUUGAUCAGUACCUGUUCACCAUCACAGAUAGCCAAACUUUCAUGUGGUACUUCUGCACAUGUCAAAUAAUCUAGAGGGAUUUGAAUUUAUUUCCUCUUUUUUUUUCACUUCAAAAAAAUGUGUGCAUGUGUAACACUCUAAGGCAGAGUAUUGGUGUGUCAGGAUAAAUGAACACUAUGCCACACCCACAAAAUAUAUAUGAUGCACAUAUUCAUGUAUGAAAUCAGAGUUCAUGGGAUACAUACAGUGUACAUCAAAGUUGUCAUGCUGCACCAAACAGGGGCUAUAUUUGCAUUUACUUUUUUUAAAAGGUUGUAUUUUUUUCACCAAAAAUUGUAAUGUUGUAGUUGAUGUGAACAAGUUUUGUUUUUACGUUUCUGAUGAAAACAACAACAUGUGUUUACUGUGUAUGUUAUUUGUGUUUCAGUUAAGCAAUUAUUACCCUUUAGAUGAGAAAAAGAGUUGAGCAAAUAGAUGUUAUGGAAAAAAUGUUGAGCAAUGAUUAUCCAACAGACGAAUUAAAAAGUUGGGCAAAUGGA